AUGCUCCUGGAAGCUGCCUUCAAGUCAUCACAUGAGUUUUACCGAGUUCUAAGCGAACAACGCACUCAAAUGGAACGGAUGAAUGCUGCUCAUCAAGAACUCGUCAACUCUGACCCUUUCAACGUGGAGGCCCAGAAAAAGAUCGAGGAGACUAUACGCCAAGAGCGCGUAGCAGAAAACCUUGAACAUGCAAUUGAAUACAGCCCUGAGAGUUUUGGAAAUGUUUCGAUGCUGUAUGUAAACCUGAAGGUCAACGGCCAUCCAAUCAAGGCAUUUGUCGAUAGUGGCGCUCAAGCCACCAUUAUAAGUCCUGACUGUGCAACUCGCUGUGGGAUCAUGCGUCUUUUGGACACUCGUUUCGCCGGUGUUGCUUUAGGUGUUGGAACGGCCAAAAUCUUGGGUCGUGUGCACAGCGCACAAAUUCAGCUGGGUACUGAUUUAUUCUUACCUUGUUCAUUUACUGUGCUUGAGGGCAAGAAUGUUGACAUGCUUUUUGGUCUAGACAUGUUGAAACGCUACCAGGCCAGCAUCGAUUUGAAAAAAGGUGCUCUCAUUAUUCAAGAUCGUGAAAUCCCUUUCUUAGCUGAACAUGAAAUCCCGAAACAAUUCCCUAGUCUGAACGAACUAACAGAUGCUGGGAAGAAGACUAUCGAUGGAGAUGGGCAUGACAACACUGAACCUAUCAGCUAUGGAAACAUGCAAUCGGCGUAUGGACAUGCUUCAAGCCAAGAAAUGAGUGGAGCAAAAGUUGAAGUCUCCAAGAACCAGCAGAACACAGAGAAAGGCAUUUUCAACGAAACGGGAAAAAAUCAGGAAUUACGAGAUAUGCUCAAUUUAGGAAUUCCAGAACAAGAAGCGGAACAAUUUUUAGAAUUGAGCAACGGUAAUUUAGAUCUAGCAGUUAGCCUUUAUUUUUCAAAAUAA